AUGCGGUGUCACUCCAAGGAGAGGCCAUACCCUUGUCCUACUUGCGGCAAGAAUCUCAUCAGCAGAAGAAGUCUCAUUGUACACCUCCGGUGGCACACGGGGGAAAAGCCCUAUGUGUGCUCGGAAUGCGGGAAGGACUUCAAUAAUACGCUUCUUCUUGUUCACAAGACGACUCAUUCUCUUGAGAAAUCUCAUACCUGCCCUGAGUGCGGGAAAUGUUUCUCCACUAAUAUGAGUCUUCAAACUCACAAGAGGGUUCAUUUUGCUGUCAAGUCCUAUUCAUGUUCAGAAUGCAGCAAAGCCUUCAUCCAGAAAUCAAUGCUGAUCAAGCACCAGGUGACUCAUACCGGGGAACGGCCUUUUUUAUGCCCUGAUUGCGGGAAGUGUUUUCCCCGGAAGGAUGCACUGACUGUUCACCAGAGGAGGCACCAGUUAGAGAAGCCGUAUUCGUGUUCCUGGUGCGGGAAAUCCUUUCACAUGAACUCGACACUGGUGGUCCACCAACGAAUCCACACGGGGGAACGGCCUUUUACUUGCUCUGAGUGCGGGAAGUGCGGGAAGAGCUUCAUCAGCAGGCGUCGUCUUGUUUUACACCUCCGGAAUCACACUGGGGAAAAGCCUUACCCGUGCUCAGAAUGUGGGAGAGGCUUCAAUUGGGAGUAUGACCUAAAAAGACAUCGGAUGACUCACACAGGAGAGAAACCAUUUUCCUGCGAGGAGUGCGGCAAAGGCUUUUCCCAGAAGCGGUCGCUGGUCCUACACAAGAAGAUUCACACCGGAGAGAAGCCCUACGUGUGCGCCGUGUGCGGAAUGAGCUUUAAGUCGCACCUCGUCAGUCAUCAAAAACUCCAUUCUGGAGAGAAGCCCUUUGCCUGCUCCGAGUGCGGGAAGAGCAACGCACUGGUCAACCACCAACGAAUCCACACGGGGGAGCGGCCUUAUACUUGCCCCGAGUGUGGGAAGUGUUUUACUCAACGUGGAGCACUGACUGCCCACCAGAGGACACACACUGGAGAAAAGCCAUAUACGUGUCCGGAGUGCAGGAAAUCCUUUACCACAAAGUCAGGAUUGAACAACCACAAGCGAACCCACACUGGCGAAAGACCUUAUGCUUGUUCGGAUUGUGGGAAGUCCUUUACGUGGAAGUCGCACCUCAUUGUUCACCAAAAACUCCAUUCUGGGGAGAAGCCCUUUGCCUGCUCCGAGUGCGGGAAAAGCUUCUCCAGUAACUUGUAUCUUCAAACCCACAAGAGGAUUCAUUCCGCUGACCAUUCCUAUUCAUGUUCAGAAUGCGGCAAAUCCUUUCUCCACAAAUCGAAGCUGAUCCUGCACCAGGUGAUCCAUACCGGGGAACGGCCGUUUUCGUGCCCCGAUUGUGGGAGGUGUUUUCCGCGUAAGGGAGAACUGACCGUUCACCAGAGAAGGCAUCUGGUGGAGAAGCCCUAUUCGUGUUCCUGGUGCGGGAAAUCCUUUCACUUGAACUCCGCGCUGGUCAACCACCAACGAAUCCAUACGGGGGAGCGGCCUUAUUCUUGUCCCGAGUGCGAGAAGUGUUUCAGCCGACGUGGAGCACUGACGGCCCACCAGAGGAUACACACUGGAGAGAAGCCAUUUACGUGUCCGGAAUGCGGGAAAUCCUUUACCCAGAAGACGGGACUCAACACUCAUAAGCGGACCCAUACUGGUGAACGGCCUUAUGCUUGUCCAGAGUGUGGGAAAUCCUUUACGCGCCGUUCCUACCUCACUCAACACCAGAAGGCCCACCCGUCGGAGAGGCCAUACCCCUGUCCUACUUGCGGGAAGAAUUUCAUCAGGAGAAGCACUCUCCUCAUUCACAUCCGGAUCCACACGGGGGAAAAGCCCUACAUGUGCACGGAAUGUGGGAGGGGCUUCAACCAGCAGUUCUAUCUCAAAAAACACGAGAUGGCUCACACGGGAGAGAAACAGUUUUCCUGCGAGGAAUGCGGCAAGCGCCUUGUCCAGAAGUGGUCUCUGGCUCAACACAAACAGGUUCACACUGGGGAGAAGCCCUACGUGUGCGCAGUGUGCGGAAUGAGUUUUGCCAGUCAUUUGCUCCUCGUCGUUCACAAGACGACUCAUUCCGGUGAGAAGCCUUAUAAGUGCUCCGAGUGCGGGAGUUGUUUUUUCUGGAAGUCGCACCUCAUCGUUCACCAAAAACUCCAUUCUGGGGAGAAGCCCUUUGCCUGCUCUGAGUGCGGGAAAAGCUUCUCCAGUAACUUGUAUCUUCAAACCCACAAGAGGAUUCAUUCCGCUGACCAUUCCUAUUCGUGUUCAGAAUGCGGCAAAAGUUUCAGCCUACCUGGAGUACUGAUGGCCCACCAGAGGAUACACACUGGAGAGAAGCCAUUUACGUGUUCGGAGUGCGGGAAAUCCUUUACCCAAAAGAUGGGACUGAACACUAAUAAGCGAACCCACACUGGUGAACGGCCUUAUGCUUGUUCAGAGUGUGGCAAAUCCUUUACGUGCCGUUCCUACCUCAUUCAACACCACAAGGCCCACCCGUUGGAGAGUUCCCUUCCCAGUUAG